AUGAAAUCCAAUUCAACAAAUUUUAUUACAAUAAAUAGAACGAAUUUAUGUCAACAAUGUUUUGAUAUUUUCGUCACUGAAAAAAACACUCUUUAUUGCUCAUAUAGUGAUCGUCAUCAAGUUCUGGCAAAAUCAUUAAUUAAUGAUUGGAAUCCUUUGAUGAUUGUUGCUGGAACGGGUAGCCAAGGUUCAACAUCAACGACACUUCGAUAUCCUCGUGGAAUUUCAACUACCACAAACGUAGUGGAAUUUGGCCUAAAAGUGCUUUCCAAUGGUANGAGUCCUGCAGGUAUUUAUAAUAUAUUUGCUCGAACAUCACAAGUUGAAGUUGGAUAUACAAACGACGAACUUCAAAUGGCUAUUCCUGGUAUUUUAGCUGGUUGUCUGCCAAUAACUACUAUGCUCCAUUCGACACUUGAAUGUUUCUACAAUCAAACAUGUUUAGAUGAACUUAUUGGAUUUUUACCAACAACUGAGAGAUUUUCAGCAAUGAACAUUCUUAAAGAAAGUAAUUACGAAAUAAAUUCAACAAUAAAAACUUUAGUUGAUCAUUUAAUGGUUGAAGAAGUAAUGAAUGAUUUUUCAUAUGAAAAAUAUUAUGACCAAUGUGCACCAAUUUCAUGUACCUAUUCACAGACAAGUCGAGAUAGUUUUAUAUUUGUUAUAUCUAAACUUAUCGGUUUGCUUGGUGGUUUAACAGUGGCACUUGGAAUAGUUAUUCCAGCCAUUGUUGGUUUUGUUAAACAACCAAGAAACACUGAACCAACACCAAAACUUCCAUUGACUAUUCGUUUAAAACAAUUGAAAAGAAGUCUUGAAAAACUUGUAAUUGAGCUGAAUAUUUUCAAACGUUAUCCAAGUAAUGAUCGUCAAGUACGUUAUCAACGUUAUGCGACAAGAUUAUAUAUAUUACUUAUCUUAAUUUCAUUAAUUACUCUCAGUUUAUAUUUCUUAUUAAUCAAACAAGUUCAUCAAGAAACGAUUUUCAAUCUAAACGAAUUUCAUUACUUGAAACUCGAAGAAUUGUAUCCAAAUAGUCUUUUGUGUCCAUGCUCAUCUAUCUCUAUACCUUAUGGCAAUUUUAUUGCUAUUCAACCUGAAUAUCAUCAAAUAUGUUCUAGUGAUUUUGUUAGUUCUGAAUGGAUCAAUUAUAUAACAACGCAUUUUGCAAUAGAAGUAAGUCAAACAUUAUAUUAUCCAGCUCAAGGUAGCGCUUUAUUUGUUUUACUUGCAACAUUAUGUCAACAGAUAAAACGAAAAGUUAAUGAUGCUCUUGAAAUUUUCGUUGAAACGAACCUCGUUAGUGCACACGUUAUUUCUUCAGAACUUCUGAAGUUUCAAGGAAAUGAAUUAGUUCUUAACUUACGAUCAAGUACUACUAAUGAAUAUUUGCGUAUAAUUGAAUUAUUUAGUGCAACUAAUCAAGCUAAUCAAUUAUUAAACGACUUUACUAGUGCAGAUUGGAUAGUAGAUGCAUAUACUGGNUCAGCAGGUAUUAGUGGUAAAAACCACUAUUUUACUAGUAUUUACUGGUGA